GCUCAACAUUGCAUUGCAAUUUGCUGUCAAUGUAAUUGAGCAAUUCUCUUCUUCGUGCCCGAAUUCUUCUCUCUGUUCAGUGGCAAUAUACCUAGUUUUACGUACACGUAGACUGUCAGGACUUCAGCUCCUGACUCGUGGCAAUGCAGGCAGGAGCGAUGGGGGAACCAACUGGCUCCGAUGGUGCAAAGGGUGACAUAGCGCAGGAUUUGGUGGAUUAUUUGAAUGCAUCCUGGACAUCAUUCCAUGCCACAGCGGUCAGCAAGGAGAUGCUUGUGAAGGCAGGCUUCGAGCAGUUGUCAGAAGAAGCUGAGUGGGUUGUCAAGCCUGGGGGCAAAUACUUCUUCACGCGCAACGCAUCUGCUGUCAUCGCAUUCACCGUAGGAGGAGCCUACAAAGCUGGGAAUGGCUUCAACAUCAUUGCAGCUCACACGGACAGUCCUUGCCCCAAGUUGAAGCCGGUGUCCCUGUCCUCCAAGCACGGGUUCCUCAACGUGGGGGUGCAAACGUAUGGAGGGGGCCUCUGGUACACCUGGUUCGAUCGUGACCUCAGCGUGGCUGGCCGUGUCCUGCUGCGGCGCAAGGACGGCCGCCUCUCGCACGAGCUGGUUCAGGUGUCGCGCCCGAUCAUGCGCAUCCCGACGCUGGCGAUCCACCUGGACCGCAACGUGAACACGGAGGGGUUCAAGCCCAACUUGGAGACGCACCUCGCGCCCGUGCUGGCCACCGCCAUCAAGGCUGAGGUCGAUGGGAAGAAGGACGAAGCGGGCGGGAAGAAGGACGACGGAGGGAAGAAGAACGCGCACCACCCGCUGCUGCUGCAGAUCUUGGCGGACGAGCUGAAGGUGGACCCGGAAGAGAUCGCGGACUUCGACCUGCACGUGUGCGACACGCAGCCCAGCGUCAUUGCUGGAGCCAGGAAGGAGUUCAUCUACUCCGGCCGGCUGGACAACCUGGCCUCAUCGUACUGCGCGCUCCGCGCGUUGAUCGACACCGUGGCCGAUGGCGAGUGGCUCGCGCAGGAGAAGAGCGUGCAGAUGGUGGCGCUCUUCGACAAUGAGGAGGUGGGGUCCGACAGCGCGCAGGGCGCGGGCAGCCCGACGAUGUUCCAGGCCAUGAAGCGCGUGGCGACGCUGCUGGCGGGCAGCGAGCGCGCGGAGGGCGUGGAGUGGCGCGCGAUCCGGCGGAGCUUCCUGGUGUCCGCGGACAUGGCGCACGCGCUGCACCCCAACUACCCGGAGCGCCACGAGGAGCACCACCAGCCCAAAAUGCACGAGGGCCUCGUCAUCAAGCACAACGCCAACCAGCGGUAUGCGACCACCGCGGUGACGGCGUUCCUUUUCCGGGAACUUGCAAAGAGAGAAGGCAUCCCGACGCAAGAUUUCGUAGUUCGGAACGACAUGGGCUGCGGUUCGACGAUCGGGCCCAUCCUGUCCUCGGGGGUAGGCAUCAGGACGAUCGAUGUUGGCAUGCCCCAGUUGUCGAUGCACAGUGUGCGAGAGAUGUGCGGCACGAAGGACGUAGAUAUUUGUUACCGGCACUUCAAAGCUUUCUACCGAAAAUUUACCGAGCUCGACGAGCAGCUGAAAGUCGAAAAAUGAUUGUGCGCAUAAGCAUCGUGAUACUGGUCGUUGGACUUUUUGCUAAUACUUACAUCCGUGGCGGUUCAAACACUUGACUGUAAGUCUCGCUACUCAAGCAUCGCCACUGAGCCAUCCAAAAUACCGUCCGAGUCACACGCCGUGUUUAAGGUGAGAAGGAUGGAGUUGUCAUCUUGCCG